GCUUCCGACCGGCCCCUGCCAUGUUGCCCACGAUCCUCGCAAGCUAUUCCCACCACGACCACUCCCUCCGUCCAGCUCACGAAAUAACCCAAUCCGGCCCCUGUUCAUCGCUUGCAAAUGUGGAUAGGAAGGGGUCACGCAACAGACUGUGCGCUUGCAGGCCGCCACGGGUUGGGGAAAUUGGAAGUUGGGAAAUUGGCUUGGGAAAUUGGGAGAUUGGGAAAUUGGCUUGGGAAAUUGGGAGAUUGGGAAAUUGGCGAGAGUAGCGACCGACUACUUCUAUCCGCAUCGUCCCAGGCGAGGCGGCGUCCUACAGUAGAAUGUCUCUAGCCACCUGGUUUUUGGUUUUUGGCCCUGAGAGAAGACACUGCAGUGCGGCCCGCAUAAGAGUGCCGCUGAGCCGUGGUGGCAAUAACUACCCCAGUCCGCAGUCGCGGAGGUGCUUAAAAUGACUGCCAUGUUUGGGGGGGCAGAUAGGGGUAGGAAUGGGUUCAGCCAGCCACUGUGGAACGUGUCUUGGGUAUUUGGAAUAGAAUAUGCGGGAGAGAAGGUGAGUUUGGCUAGGCUUGCGACCUUUCUACCGGGGGUUAGUUCUUGUGCCGUGCCAGGAAGAAAGACGUGGGGAAACGCUACGAGUACAUCUGGGAUUGCGGGUUUACCGUCUGCUAAAAACAAUUAUACUGUAUGUCGAACGCUGUAGAAACAGUUCAUACAUAUCAUACAUAUCCCAAAACUGCCACUUGGCUCCCACCAUGCACGCCAUGACUCGCGGACCACUUCCGCCCCGCCGGCGCCCUAGAUCCCAAGAUGAACGAUGCAUGCAUGCUCCGCGACUACAUCCCAUCCAUGUCUUCAUCCAUCCGCCAAAACCUCUCCGCUGCAGUAGCUCUCAGCACCAGCGCUUGUAUAGUUCGCAUUAAUACCGUACCGUACCGCAUCGCAUCGACAUCGCCAUCGCCAUCGCCAUCGCCAUCGCCAUCGACCUCACAUCGCUUCUGCAUCGCAGCAGAUCAUAGAUGGGAUGGUCGUCCUGAUCUUGAUCUUACGUCAUCCCGACCAAGGAAACGAAAGAACAGCUUCUGGCCUUCGCAUCACCCCCACUCCCGGCAUCCGGAAGCUGCUCCCCAGCCGCGGCGGCAGCACGGGCGCCACCCCCUUUUAUCCACCUCCGGCGUCGCACGCUCCGCUAUCAUAUUUUGA